AUGCACGGCAGUGACGCCUUCGACGCGCAGCUCGUAGCCGAGCUCUCGAGAGACGCGCAGCUAGCCGACUCGCGUUGUUCUCAAAUUUCAGAACCAGGUUCGGACCAAAAGCGGCCGAGCGCGGCCGACGCCCAAACACAGUGGAGAGGCCGAGGCGAUUCCAAACACACAGACGGAUGCGGCGCGGGGAGCAACCUCCUCACGAAACUCCCGGAGGGUUUGUGCGGUGACCUGGAUUCUCUCUCCGAUGAGGCGAGAAGAUAUUUCGAGAAGGGCGGGGUUCCGGUGCUCUGGUGCCAAGACCAGGAUUUGACGGACUUGGAAAAAGCCUGGAGGUUGCUGCUCGCUCCGAAACGGUAUUCGCAAAACGACGUGGUCGUCAUUCUCGGUGCGAUUGGUGGCAGGUUGGACCACACGUUGAGCGCCAUACACUUUCUUCACAAACUCCACGCCGAGCACGAGGCUGCGAAGGCAGGAAGUGCGCGUGAAAAGGGGGAACGCGAGGCAGUCCCAAACCCAAGCCCGACCGCAGGCUCCGGUGUAUCUACAGCUUGCGAGGGUCGCUUCCCGCGCGUCGGUCCACUACCCCAGGCAAGCGUUUACAGACUUCUGCUUCCUCUCGCGUCUCACUCGUAUCCGUUUCACAGCGCUUCGAAGCACUGA